AUGUCAUCUGCCGCGCAUGAGAACGAGGAAGACGACCCUCAGCGGGAAACCACAAAAAUAGGCAAAGCCUGCGAGCCCUGUCGGCGCCGUAAGGUCAAAUGCGAUGGUGCACAGCCAUGUUCGCAGAUUGGCUGCCAGAAGAAUCCCUCUCAAUGCAUCUACAGAGAUAGAACCCGGAUCAGACGGUCGAGGGCGCGCAGGCAGACUGAGUCGAACCCGGCGACAGCAGCAACUGCGGACCUCGGUGCCACGGCGUCGGAGAGACAUCCGGCACCAUCUUCUCGGCCAGAAGAAACAGCUCGUCAGCUGUCUUCCGAGCGAUAUCAAGAGAAUGAUCACGCUAGUCUUACAGAAGACGGCCAAGCAUCUGGCGACCACGAUCUUUAUCCUUACGCCAGCAUUGUCGCGACGCAUGAUGCGCCCCAGCCUACUGAUAGCUCUCAGCUGUUCUAUGGGCCAUCCUCCAAUUUCGCCUUCUUGCAGCAGCUUCACAGGGGAAUUUUGUUUAAGACUGCUCGCAGUCUUCGCCGGGGCGGCGAUGUCGAGGAAGGAGGUCCAGGACUUGACUUGUUCAUGCAACGGUCGAUAUUCUUUGGAGCACCUCAGCGUGUAAAGCCAAAUGCCUCUUUGCCCUCGUUCUCCGACCUGACGCGGCACAUUCCAUUGGAUCAAUUGGACCAUUUUUUGGACACCUUCAAGACCUCCCAUCUCCAUAUCUACCCCUUCUUGACAAGUGCCGACAUCAACGGAAUUUCUCGGCAAUUGCAUGGCAUUGACCCCAAGCCUGACUUCCCACCCCAGAAAACGGCGAUUGCCUUGGCAAUUCUGGCACUGGGAGCUCUCAGCUCACCGCACACGGAACAGGCCGAGUAUCUCUACGCGCUGGCCAAGCGUGAGGCCGUCUUCUUUGACGAAGCUGUCACUCUUUCCAUGAUACAGUUCUCGGUCCUGCUCUCCGGAUAUCAGACCAACAUGGCUCGGCCAAAUUCGGCCUACAUCCACCUCGGAACAGCAUGCCGAAAUGCUUUUUCCAUGGGUCUGCAUCGACACAUCACUGCACCGUCAAUGAAGGCCGAGAGCGUGCAGGAGCGCAUAGCCACUAUUUGGUGUCUGUAUUUUCAUGAAACAAAGCCUGAGCUGCUUCAGAUUCAUUCCCUCUAUUACCACGCAAUCUUGCACACUUUCCGGCCGUUUCUUGUUGCCAGCGCCGCAAUGAGUGCCAGUAAACGCCAGGCCGAAGGCAUGUGGUUGCGACAGGCGUGCAGACAUGCCGUUGACGCAGCACAAGAUUCGAUCGUUUACAUUGGCAACGUGAUGCGCAACUCUGCCGAAGGGCACGUCUGCAGGGCCAUGAGGUACACCGCCUACUUCCUGGAGUGCAACUGCGCUGUGCUAUUGCAUGACAGUCUGUGGUCCCCUUCAAAGCAUCCUCACCACCUCGAGUAUGUGCAGAGCGCCCUCAAUUGCCUCGGCCUUAUGGUCCAAGAUGCACCUGCAACGCUGGCGCAGGACUCCCUUCAGCAGGUAUUGAAAGCUGUUGAGAAGGCCAUCGCGCACCAGAACAGCUCGGCUGCCUCAACGCCGGGGAUGGCAGGAAAUCUGACUUCUCAAUUCCCUUGUUUGCCCCAUGCUCACGCCGCCAAUUCCACCGACCAACACAUCCACUUGACUGAUCUUUGGGACCAAAGCCACGCCACUGGCGGCAAUCCGACAUUAUCCGCGGAACAGGACAUGCACGAAUUCGACUUUGAUGUCAUGACGACAGAUCUUCUCCAUUUCUUUGGCCCAAGCACUGAGGGCAACCCAACGGGCAACCCAAGCUAG